AUGAUAUUCACCAUAUUAAUAAAUUCUUUAGAAGCUCUGCCGACUAUUUAAAGCAGAAAACUAUUAAUAGCUGAUUUCUUAUAAACAAAUAAAUAAUAAAUCUUACAAAAAAUAAAAAAACUAUAAAAAAGCUAAAAAAUCAGCUUAAAAAAAAUUAAAAAUAAUUAUAUUAUAUAUAACUCAUCUGAGUUUCAACAAAUAAACCCUAAAUACAUCGUUUCAAAUAAGUUAACAAACUUCUCAUAUUAAAUAAAUGGAUUACCUUAGAGCCAAAGAAGAAAUACUCAACUAAAUGAAGCAACACCUUGA